AUGAAGAAAAAAUGUGAACUCUGCAAAAGUCCAGCAAAAUUGUUCUGUGAAUCAGAUCAAGCAAGUCUUUGUUGGGAAUGUGAUACUAGGGUUCACACUGCAAAUUUCAUAGUCACAAAACAUCAAAGGUUUCUUCUAUGUCAUGUUUGUCAAUCUUUAACUGCUUGGCAUGGAACCGGACCCAAGUUUGUUCCAACCAUGUCUCUUUGUAACUACUGUGUUUCUGUUACCAACAAUAACAAUGAUCAUCGACAUCGCGAUAACGACGACGACGAUAACGACGACGACGAUGACGAUGAAGAUACUGAUGAAGAUGAUGAUGAAGAAAAUCAAGUUGUUCCAUGGAAAUCUACACCUCCACCACCAGUUUCUUCUUGUUCUUCAAACAGUGCAACAACCUAUUAA